AUGAGCGGUGAAAAACUUUCUGCACAAUCUCAGUUCGUAAAUCCUUUUAAAAUUAAAUUGAAAGCAAAGAUAGAAGAUUUGGGUUUAUCCAAUGAUCAGUUGUAUAAUGCCGAUGAGUCUGGUCUAUAUUGGAAACUUCUCCCACAAAAGACAUAUGUAACGUCAUUGGAGAAAAGCGCUCCAGGUGCAAAAAUGGAAAAGCAAAGGAUAACAUUUUUAUGCUGCGCAAAUGCGUCAGGAUCUCAUAAAAUAAAACUUUUAGUAAUAGGAAAAUCGAAAAAUUCUCGCAGUUUUAAAAAUUUUAUCUGUCCCGUAAACUAUAGAAAUUCAAAGUCUGCUUGGAUGACUUCUUCCAUUUUUAAAGAAUGGUUUCACAACUGUUUUGUGCCAGAGGUGACAGAUUUUUUAAAGAAGAAAGGAUUACCAGUAAAAGCUUUACUCCUAAUAGAUAAUGCCCCAUCCCAUCCAACAGAAUCCGACCUUAAAUCCGAGGAUGGUUCCAUAGAAGCUAUGUUCAUGCCUCCAAAUGUAACGGCUCUGAUCCAGCUAAUGGAUCAAAAUGCAAUUAGAAUCACCAAACUUCAUUAUAGGAACAGUCUUCUGGCAACAAUUAUUGCAAACGAGGAGGAUUUGCUUGAAUCGAUGAAAAAAAUCACACUUAAAGAAGGAGUUUCUAUUCUAGAGGCAUCCUGGAACCGAGUUGGUAAAGAAGCUUUAUCUAACUGUUGGAAAAAUAUUUUGAAUAUGGUAAAUGAUGAAGACGAUCCUGAAUUUAAUGUUCCUUUGAGCGUUUUAAAAGAAAAGUGGCAAUCAGAGGUUAGAUCUUUAGAAAAUACUGCUGCAGAUCUUCUACAGACAUUGUGUCCUCAGGAAGUAUUUACUGCU